CUCGGACCGAACCCCGGAUCCCGUCCUCAAAACUCCGCCGCAGAAACCAUCACAGGAUGCGCCUGCUAUAAAAUCAGCACCAAUUGCGUCCAGCAGCCGUGGCCAUGCCUUCCCAUCUUGUGCCCGGAUCUUGCUCGCAUCCGUUUCAGGCAUUUUUACGGUGCCGUCACGCAACCGCCCACAGUCCGGCGGCCCGAUGCAGCUGACACAGCCCCUCCUCCGGCAGGCCGCCCGCCCCGCCAUUGCCUUGACCUGCUCGCGUGCUCCUCCAACAUCCGUCUUCGGAUUCCUCCCGGCUUCCCGCCCUCGACCGCACCACAACCGCAGCGGUCUCCAGACACAGCCCCAGCUACGGUGCCCGUCCCUCUCCCGCACAAUGGCGUCCCGCUGCUCCUCGGGCGCAACGGGCCCGGCGGCCCUCGAGAAGCUCCCAGGCUCGUCGAUCCGCGUACUCCGCACGGUCGAGUCCGUCCGCCGCUGGCGCCGCCCGCUCCUGCUCGACCAGCGCAGCGUGGCGCUCGUGCCGACCAUGGGCGCGCUGCACGAGGGCCACCUGUCGCUGAUCCGCGCGGCCGCGCGCGCGAACCACCACGUCGUCGUCUCGCUGUACGUCAACCCGGCGCAGUUCGGCGUGCGCGAGGACCUGGCCUCGUACCCGGUCACCUGGGACGCCGACGCGGCCGCGCUGGUGCGGCUCGACCGCGAGCUGGCCGACGACGGGCACAACCUGGGCCGCAUCAGCGCCGUCUUCGCGCCGUCCACCAGCGAGAUGUACCCGGCCGGCUUCCCCGGCCAGGAGGUCGACAGCAAGGGCAGCUUCGUCACCAUCACGCCGCUCGCCGAGCUGCUCGAGGGCCGGUCGCGCCCGACCUUCUUCCGCGGCGUCGCCACCGUGUGCAUGAAGCUGUUCAACAUCGUGCAGCCGGAGCGGGUCUACUUCGGCCAGAAGGACGUGCAGCAGACCGUGGUGAUCAAGACGCUGGUGAGGGACUUCAUGCUGCCCAUCGAGGUCGUCGUCGAGCCGACCGCCCGGGCCGAGGACGGGCUCGCCCUGAGCUCUAGGAAUGUGUACCUCGGCACCAGGAGGCGGCGCGUCGCCACCGUGCUGUACAGGGCGCUGCAGGCCGCCGAGGCGGCGUACGCGCGCGGCGCGACGGACCGUGCCGAGAUCCUGGGCGCGGCCCACGGUUUGCUGAACCAGGUGCUGGCGGAGCAGGCGGCGCUGAGCGCGGAGGAGCGGGUGCUUUUCGGGGUCGACUACGUCUCGCUUGCCGAUCCCGACACGAUGGAGGAACUGCCGGCUGUGGACCCCGCCAAGGGAGGCAUCCUGAGCGGCGCGGUGAAGAUGCUCCCCGUUGAGGCCGCGCAGCCGGGAGAGGAUCUGGGCCACAGCGGAGGGCCGGCCGUCAGGCUGAUUGACAACAUCAUCCUGCCGCCCAGCAGGUCUUGAAGCCUUUUUCUGCGAUCCGCUAUCUCAUUUUCUGCUGCAUCGUCUGGCGUCAGGGGACUUGGUUGGCUUUAGUGGCACUUUAGCGAGGUUAUAGACCUGCCAUUGUUCGCUGGGGCGCAGUUCAGCAUCUGCGCUUCGGCGUGUUGAGUCCAGGAUAUCCAUAGACUU